AUGCGAUCUUAUCACUGGCCAUCUCUCAUAGCUGCAUUGGUGCAAUUCACUGCAGCUGCCAACAUCACGAUUCUCGGGCCGGGGGACCUUCACCAAGGCGUCGCAGAUUCCUUUUUAUUCUGUCUCAAUGCGACCGGCAUUUAUUACCGGCUAUAUAUAGACGCAGGGAUUACGAUCGUGCUUUCGCCUAAAAAUCGCGGCAUUGAUACAGAAGAUGAUGAGUUCCUAUUGCAGUGCAUGAUGAUGGCCUGUGACACUAUGAGUAUUGCGGCGGAGGACAUGAACGAGGAUAAUGAAAACCAUAUAAAUAGUGUUUAUGCUUUCCUGGUCACCUACGACUCGCUCGUCGAGCAAGGUGCUCAGGGUUUGCGUGCGAUCGGUACGAGGCCGGCCCUGACCCUGGAGGAUAUUGCUGUGCGCGAUGGGGGGGAAAAUGAGAAUGAGGGGCUAGGCGCUCCAGACGAAUUUUCCGUCGAGCAUAACGAACAUCAAGCCCCAGCCGAGGCUAGUCCAGAGAGGCAACCAGUGCCCGACGGAGGGCUGGAAGGCUGGCUCAGCGUACUCGCGGGCUUCUGUGUUUUCGUCAACUCUUGGGGCCUCAUCAGCUGCUAUGGCGCAUUCCAAGAAUUCUACCAAACGGUUCUGCUCCCGGACGAAUCACCCUCCACGAUCUCCUGGAUCGGCAGUAUUCAAGCCACCCUGAUCGUGAUGGUCGGCAUGGUGACCGGCCCUCUCGUCGAUGCAGGAUACCUCCGGCCUCUGAUCCUCACCGGAUCCUUCCUAGUCGUGUUCGGAAUGAUGAUGCUCAGCCUAGCAACAGAAUACUAUCAGGUCCUCCUCGCACAGGGCUUCUGUGUCGGCAUAGGCGGCGGCAUCACCUACAUCCCCGCGAUGGUCGUCAUCUCAUCGUACUUUACAACUAGGCGGCCCAUCGCUAUCGGCUGCGCCUCGAUCGGCUCCAGCGUCGGCAGCGUCAUCUUCCCCAUCCUCUUCCGCCAAGUCCAACCCAUCAUCAACUUCGCCUGGAGCGUCCGCUGCAUCGCAUUCAUCAACCUCUUCCUCGCCCUCAUCACCUGCGCUAUCCUCUGCCGUCGACCAGGCAAGAAAACGCGCACUAGAAGCCUCAUCGAACUCAAAGCCCUGACUCACCUCCCCUUCAUGCUCCUUUCCCUAUCUAUGACAUGUGUCAUGCUCGCUUACUACGUUCCCAUCUUCUACAUCGCCACUUACGCCCGCUCCGCCCUCAACACCCCCACCAGCCUCUCCUUCUACCUCGUCUCUAUUACCAACGGCGCCUCCGCCUUCGGCCGAACAGUCCCCUACCUCCUUGCCUCAGGGGGCACCCGCAUCAAGCCCAUCUUCAUCCUAAUAACCUUCGUCGCGGCAGCAGCAGUAGCCAUGUUUACCUGGAUCGCGACGACAAACACAGCCGGAUUUAUUGUUUGGGCCUGUUACUGGGGGUUUGUGAGCGGGGUGCUAGUCACAGCGCCGACGUCUAUCGUCGCUCACAAGGCAUUCUGCCCCGAUAGUGACUUCCUCGGAACGAGGAUGGGCAUGAUGUGGGGGAUUAGUUCGUUCGGGUCAUUAGUGGGCACGCCCGUUGCAGGAGCGUUAGUGAAUUUGGAAACGGCGGACUUUGUUCGUGCGCAGGUGUUUGCGGGUUGUUUGAUGGUUGGGGCGGUCGUGUUGCAGGUUUGGCCGGUUGUUUGUGUGGUUAGGGCGGAUAGGGGGGUGGGGAAGGUGCAGUAG